UAGUUGUUUAAAAAUGUUGUUAGAAUUUAUAAAUUUAUUUGGGUCUUUUGGUAAUAUAUAGAAAGUUCAUUGGCGAAAUAUGAAAUGAAAACAAAAAGCGUGACGGCCGGAAACAAACACGAAGGGGAAGUGCGUCAAGUGUAGACUCGAAAGAUCUAUAAUCCCACUUCUCAUUUACCUUGAAGGAGCAACAAACAAACUAUUACCGGCUUCAGACAAGAUGGGUGGCGGAGAUGGAGAGGAUCCGCAGAAGUUGAAGCGAAUUGCGGCGGCGGCCUACGAUUACGACAACGACUCACGCUGGGCGGAUUAUUGGUCGAAUAUUCUCAUUCCGCCGCACUUGGCCUCCCGCAACGACGUCGUCAACCACUACAAGCGCAAGUUCUACCAGCGUUACAUCGAUCCUGAUCUAGUUGUAGAGCCAAUGACGACCAGCAGCUCAUCCCAGUCGGCAACAACAUCAAACCCAACACAGCAAUCCUCAUCAUCAACUGCUCACACCAGUGAUACUCGCCAAAGGAGUUCAGGGUCCUCUAGUAGAACAUCAGGGACCUCAACUACUCCACCUACCAGUUCUACAUCGUUGCGUUGGGAUCAGCAAACAAUUCAAUUUUCUGUCAAUGCUUGGGUCUUAGCCGUGGCAGUCCUUUCAAUUUUUCCAAUUGUUCCGAGGAAUCUCUCAAAUCGGGCAUACCGGCUUUCCUUUUUUGGGACUGCAUGCUCUUCCUUGUAUUCAUUGUAUUCUCUAUACGGGAAACCUAGAGCAUGGAACUUGCAGGCUUUGCAAGUGUGGUUCCAGUCGGUGGUAGUCACCAAAGAUUUUAUGUACUCAAUCUACUGCCUUACCUUCGUCAGUUCACAUCUGUGUCUCAAAUUUGCUUUACUUCCUAUAAUGUGCCGGGCCCUUGAAUAUGUUGCAAAGUUCCUGAGGACUAACUUUAGUAGAUCAACCUUAUACAGGAAAUACUUGGAAGAUGCUUGCAUUUGGGUAGAAUCCAAUGCAACUACCCUUAACAUCCUCUCCUCACAGGCUGAAAUUGGACUUGGGUUCCUUCUGAUUAUAUCUCUGUUAUCGUGGCAGCGUAACAUUAUACAAGCAUUUAUGUACUGGCAGCUCCUGAAGCUUAUGUACCAUGCUCCUGCCACUGCUAGUUACCACCGAAGUGUAUGGUCUAACAUUUGGCGAACAACGAAUCCAUUAAUCCAGCGCUACGCCCCGUUUUUGAACACUCCAAUGGCAACCGUUCAGAAAUGGUGGUUAAGGUGAAGUCUUGAGAGGAAGAGAUCACUGGGAAAGAAGUAAUCUUGAGAAGGCUGAUGGCUGUAACAGCCACUCAGACAUAGCGAUUUGAUUCGAUAAUGUCCACUAUUUUGUAUUUUUGACUAAAGCAGUACUAAAUCUUACUCAUCAAUGUCAACUAAUAAUCACUUAAGACUUGGCUUCUUCUAUAGUUCCCAGUUACUGAUGAAUUGACCAGAAGGGAUUUUAUUCCA